AUGGAGAACCACCCUCCCUCGCAGUCGCAAAUAGGCGACACUACCAAUCCCCCGACAGAAAGUUCCUUUAGUUUCACGCCUAUCAAGGCCCUGAGCGCAUUGCCUCGAUUGUGGGAUCGCAAACCCUCAACCCCUGUUCGGGCUGGAGACAAGUCGCGCAAGCUGUGGAAGCGCAUUCGUUUCCCAUUCAGUGGCAUGAACACCGCACCAGAACGCCAGGGCAUUGCCAUUGGCGGCGCUAACAAUUUGGAUUAUAAGCGCGGCGUGAAGCGCUUGUGUGUUGACCCCGCCGACGCCGACCAUGAGACUGAGCUCGAGCAACGCGGUCGGUCUUUCCUGGAGACUAAAUGGGAGAUGCAGGCGUCUCGAAAACGACGCAAAAUGCCCGAAUUCAACUUCAAUAUUCACGACGAUGGCGCCCAGAACACGUUUGGUUUCACCGCCAACCAGCCCACGCCAGCCCUGAAUAAUGACAUUGCUAUGAACGAUUCCCCCGCGCCCCUCAGCGAUAUGUGGGAGUCUGCCAAGACGCCGGUCUACAAUGAUACAAUGGCUACGGACGUGGACCUUACCGCAUCCAACGAAAAGCCCUCCGAACAUCUGCAGUCUAGACUCCUCGAUCAAGUGGCACCGCCCAUGAUCGAAAAUGCAGCAGAGUGCAAGAGCAACGCUGUGCCCACUGCGGAGUCUGUGCAAGAUCUCACCCAGGAGCAAGAGGUGAAAUUGGUACGAUCGGCACUUCGAAGCUCUCUGGAUGGAGAGGAUGCAGACCUGCUCAAUGACUUCCUUUCGAGAGCCAAGGCUAAGCGCGCCGCCAAGGCAGCGCAUCCCGGAGACACAGAAUCACCAGAAGUGUCUUCCAGCAUGGAUGAGUCUCCAGAAAUCGAAUGCUCAAUGCCACGAUCACGACGCGCGUUGGAAGAUUUGAACACCAACUCACCUUCGCCGGUCAAAUUGCAACUAUCACCCAAUAAAUGGGACGUCAAGCUCGGCACGGAUGACGCCGAAAACCAGGAGAAAAUCGUCCACAAAGAAGAGGUCAUCGAAGAGCCAGUCCCCUCAAGCCCUGCAUGCCGCCGCAGCACUCGCGCCAAAGCCUCAAGUGCUCCUCCUGUGCGCAACACUAUCUCACUCCGCCGGGCUAAAGGCACAGAGUUCAUCUUUCUGCAGCGAACUGAUGCCCAGCAGGUCGCUUUGGCUACAAAGCGUAACACCAGACUCAACAAGGGUAAAUCCGUUACGCCUUAUGUCGCUCUGGAAGCUCUUUCCCGGCAGUCGAGCGAGGAAGAAGGUCAGACUGGCGAUGAUGAGCAUGAGAGCUCAUACCGCAACCGCAAGGAAGCUGCUAUCUCCCGAACAAAGCAUAGCAAACCCCGAAAGCAAGUGUCAUGGAACGAGGAUCGCAUGGCCGAGUAUGAAGAGUUCGAAGUAAUGGACGAUCAGGAAGACGAGGAGAAAGAUUAUCAACAAAGCACUGAUGACGUCGGUGCUACACCUCGUCCCCAGUUGGACACCAAGCGUUCGACAAAGAAAGCAGCAUCUGGCCAGCGCAGCCGCCGUAGCCAGACGCAGAAGGAGAACCAAACUACAGACAGUGGGGCCACUGACAACGGCUCAACCCCUACUACUGCACCCGCUACUGCAACCCCGCGCUCACGCCGGGUGAGGCGUUUGGGCGAUUCGGGAACGAUGGGGUCUGGUACCCCUGUCAAGACUGGAGGUCGCAGCACAAGCAAGCCUCCCGUAGCCUCAGCGCCCGUGGCUGAUGCACCCGCAGCGCCCUCGACACCUACCAAAGGCCGCCGCAAGCUUGCUCCCAAAUCCCCUAGCUCGUUAAAGCUCCCCGCACCGGCCUCCAAAAGUGCCAAAAACACUGCCGAUCAGUCUUUCGUUAGUGGUAUUCCCACCCGCAGUACCAAGAGCACGGACGAUGCGUCGCGGAGUAUGCUCCAGAUGAGCGCCGGGUGCACUCCCACGGCUAAGCGAGUGCGGUCGAGAUCUUGA